AUGGUCAAGACCUACAUCCCCGUCGUGCUCUCGCUGGCCGCGUCUGCCGCUGCGGCCUAUGCCUCCCACGUGCACUUUCGCUCGCAGUCGCCGCCGCUCUCUUCUCCUGCUGCUGUUGCUGCUGCUACUACUACUUCAGUGACUCGCGGGGCCCACGCGCGCAACAUCGACGCCAUCAAUCGCCUCAACGGCUACGACGUCGUCAUCGUCUGCACGUCGACGCCGCACCAGGCGCAGUACUGGCAGGACCGACUCCUGGCCACGCGCGGGUCCAUCUCGCCCCCCGAUGCAAAGGUCAUCGCCGUGUUUGAAGACUGGACCGGCGGGGCGGGCAACGGCCUCGGGACGCUCUACGCCUACACGAAAGCAGUGGCCGCCGGCCGCGAGCUCUACGGCAUCGAUAUCCCCGCGCUGCUCGCUGCCGGUCGCAUCAGCGUCGCGCUGUACCACACGGCGGGCAAAGGCACGCGCCUCGCGCCGCUCCCGGGCAGCGAGAACAACAACAAGUCGGGCGUCAAGCUCCCGGCCAUGGUCACGGUCCACAACCAGCACGUGCCCAUGACGAUCCUCGAGGCGGUCGUCAAGCAGACGGGCGUGUACGCGCGCAGCCGUCGCGGCCGCCUGUCGGUCUUCUGGGGCGACCAGGUGUUCAUCCCGUCGGCUGCCGUCCAGUACGAGGCGAAACACCACAUUGACAUCCUCGCGGCCCUUGCGCCACUGCCGUCGGCCGCAGAGUGGAAGGCCAAGGGGCUGGACAAGUACGGACUGAUCGCGGUGAACCAAAAGGACAGCGCCGCGCAGGUCGACAAAGUGUCGCACGAGACCGCGAGUCGGCUGCUCGCGUCGUUUGGCGAGCUCAAGUCCGUGGGCACGAGUCUCGGCUCCUUCAGCGUGGACGCCGACAUGCUGAGCGCGUUGCUGAGCGAGUUUUCGCCCGAGUUGGCCGCCAAACGGGGCAAGCUCGACAGCGACCCGCACUUUUGGAUGCCACUAACGCUCGAGCUGGAGGCGUACAUGGAGGUGAUGGCGCAGAAAGGAGUCGACAAGGCAGAGUCGAGGGCGCACUACCAGCGCAUGCGGGCGAUGUUGGCCACGUUCGAGAGCACGCGGACGAGAGAGCUUGGGCUGUUUGGCUGUGUGGACGUGGGCAGCGAUGUGUACUGGUGGGAUUACGGUCAGCUGACGCUGUAUCUGAAGAACAACCGUCUCGUGACGAAGCCGGGCGUGGAAGCGGACUGCCUGCGCUCGUUCCUGGGCAUUGACAAUCGCAUGGAGCACAGCAGCGUUGGCGAAGGCGCAGUCAUCAACGAGGCCACGGUGCUGAACAGCGAGAUCGAGGGUGGUGCUAUCAAGCGCAGUGUGCUCAGUGGCGUGUAUGCAAAGGAGGUGAACGUGACGGGCUCGAUCCUGAUCAACGUGACUGCGCGCUCGAUCACGGCGCCCAACUGCGUCGUAUACAACGUCACUUCGGACGAGGCCGACGGUCUUUGCCUUGAGGAUGGCAGUGUUGUGGUCGGUGUAUUGCUGCCGGAUGGCAAGAAGGUGGUGAUGCGCUCGAACAUGAACGUGUGCGGCGGCCAAGCAUGGACGACUGUGCUGGAGGAGAACCAGCACUCUUUCGAGAAGAUCUAUGAACUAAACGCGGACGCGAACGUGUCGAAGCUAGAGAAGCUGAUCCAGGACGAACAUUUGAAAAUGCGGGCGGUGGUCAUGUCAUAA